UUUGAUGGUGUGCAGUUUUGCUGUUCAACGGAGAACUAGCACAGGCUUAUCGCAUACCAAAUACUUCAGUAUCUGUAUUCACUGCAUGUGAUGACCGGGACUAUUUGGCAGACGGCUGAAUUACAGCUGAGCGCUUACAACAGACCUCCCCGCACACAAAUCUCGGCGGAGACACGUGACAAAACCUGUGCGACUCCAGCCCGUUCUGUUAUUGAUCUCAGGAUGAGUCCCCAAUUAGAGCCGCCGCUCCUAUUAAACACGAGGGGAGAGCACUGUAGCUCGGAGUGUCACAGAUGUGCAGAGAUGCACAUGUCUUUUGUGGUCGCCGCUGCCACGCUCCGUUGUGAUUAAUAUAUACACCCAUCAUCCACACAGUUUAGCAUGAAGUGCUCUCACCUGCUUUCACUUGCGGCGGUUCUGUCGGCUACAGUUCCUGCCACAGAGCAGGACGUGAUCUCUGAUGUCCUCAGCAGCCUGGACAGGGCGGCCGGUUUCUUUGAAAACGAGUUCAGAGACAUCAACUUGGACGGGGUUGUGGGAUAUCGAAUCCUCAGCGUGGAGCUGGCAGAGGCCCUCAAGAGAUGGCAGGACACAGACCCAGGAAGCUCAGCUCACCUCUCCAGGGCACAGGGUCUGGCUAGAAGAUUGAAUGACAUCAUCGCCCAGGCGGUCACCGUGCUCCAGCACAGCGAUCCGAAGUACUACAGAGAGUUCGAGCCUAUACUGGAAACCCGCUUCUGGACGGUGCCCGAUGUGUGGAACACCUCCGACCCCACCCUGGCCUACGCCAAGCUCCGAGACAUGGAGUGCUACGAUGAGCAGCUCAGUGAUAAGUGCAUGACCCUGCUCCUAGGCACCUGGAAAGACAACGGAACACCUUGCAUAGUGACAAAGUCCUGCAGGGAGACCAUGACGAGAUUCGGGUGUCCUCGUUACUCCCUGUCUCACCAGCUGCUGUACUUCAUGAUGGGGAGAAUGCAAGGGUGCUCUAACAUCCUGCAAGGGGAGCACAGACAGGCUCGUGCCAACCUGACCAUUCGUGACUACGAAAAAAUCUUCUGCUCUAACAUGAUGAAGAGCAAUGUGGAAUUUGAAAAGGAUGGCUAUCCAAGCCAGACACGAGAUAUUUUUAUUGAGAACAUAAUGCUGUGUGGCCUGGCAGGCUUCUCAGAUUUCUACAAAUCUAGUUGGUUGCAGCACAUUUUCUUUUGGCAAGACCCAGAAGAAGGCUGUUUUGGGAAAGAUGAGUGGGGCAGCUCACCCGAGCAGGAAAGCAACCUGCUGGAAACACUGCAGCUUCGCAAACGGGUGAAGAGGAGAGAAAAAACUCUGAAAGAUGGGUGUUCAAGCCACAUGACGGGAGUUGCAGUGAGCACACUGGGCGGGUAUCUGAACUACUACCUAACAGAGCAGGACAUCACAAAGAGGCCGCUGACGUAGGCUUCCACAUCCCCCAUCUUCAAUGUUUUUCUUGACACAGGAGUCGUCACCUGCUUUUCUGAAUGUUCUAGAUCAAUGUUGUUUUGUUUUUAGACACUUGGGAUCAUUAGUAAUGAGGAUCUUGAAUAGUUAUAAAAUAAAUAACACCUAGGUCACGCAUUCAAAAAAAAAAAUGCAGUCCACUUUCCUACUUGUAUGCAACACUUGUACCAGAGGUAUUAGCAGACUAUGUUCAAUGCAGAUGUUUUUUUAAGCAUUUCCUGCAGUAAAAAUGCUUAGAAAACAGCAGAAAUGUAACAUCAUGAUUUGUUCUCAGUACAAAUCAAUAGUAACGUCAUUUUCAACAUUCUUGGCAGUGCGAAAAAGUUGAGUAUUUGUGCUCUUAAUGUCUGAAGAAAUGUGAAAAAACAGCUGCUGAUUUCAUCCUCUGAUAUUAAUGCAAAUAAACCUGUACAGCUGUCAGAUA